AUGGCUCCUCUUAUCGUAGUGGCAGGGAUCGGCAACGGCUCAGGAACUGGGGCUGCAACCGCGCGCCUCUUUGCGAAGGCAGGAUACGAUGUUGCACUGAUAGCAAGAGGCAACAACUCCCUCACUAAGUUCAAGGACGAGCUAACGAGCGCCGGCGUGAACGCUGCAUCUUUUUCCCUCGCAGACUACUCUUCACGGUCCCUCACUUCCGCCUUUGCGGGUAUCAAAUCUACCUAUCCCAACUCACCUCUUCGCGUCGCGCUGUGGAACGUCGCCUUCGACGUGAGGAAGCCGUUCCUCGAGACUACGCCCGAGGAAGUACAGAUCGCCACAGACACCAAUGUCGUCGGCGCGUUCGCGUUCUCGCGCGAGGUGCUUCAAGUCAUUACCACCCAGGAACCCGAGACGACCAUCGAGGGCGGGGUUGCUGGAGAUAGGCAGAAGAAGGGUACGUUGCUGUUCACGGGCGCGACCGCGAGCGUUAGAGGAAACACGACGACGAGCACGUUUGCCGCUGGGAAGCAUGGAAUCAGAGCGCUCUCCCAAAGCUUGGCAAAGGAGUUUGGCAAGCAGAACAUCCACGUCGCACACGUUAUCAUUGACGGAGCCAUCGUCACCGGACAGUCACGCUUCAGGAGCAACGCCGAGUGGGUAGCAAACGUAAACGUGCGCCUCGAUUCCAACUCUAUCGCGGCGUUGAGGCCGUGGUGCAGGUGGCGGCGCAGGAGAUGGCUGAAGCAGAAGGACGUAGAUGAGUGGGAGGAAAGGGAAAGGGAGGCCAGCACGCCCCCGAACCCGGUGCCGCCUUAA